GAGUUUUGACCCCAGAAGAGAGUGUAAUCUGCGGAAGUAUUCGUAUCUCCUCCCCGCAGAUGUUGUUGGGAUCAAAAGUAAUUUUACCACAGAUAAAAUUGAUUUUCAUAUCUCGGAUUUCAAUGAGAUAUUGAACACUUUUGAGGGAGAUCAUCCUUUUCAUAAUUAUACAAUGAGAUCGAAGUAUAGGAAGCAGUUUCCUGCAAAGAAAUCAUACAAGAAUGGCUGUGCAUUGAGAAGACAGAGAUCAUCUGAAGAGGAAUCAGAGUUUGAGUCCGGGGCAAGUGAUGGUGAAGAAAAUUUUGAAUUGAAUGGUCUAAGUACCUCAAAUUAUGAGGGACUGGACCAAAAUUUUUCAGCGUCCAAUAUUUCUCAUAAGAAUGUAGUUGAUGGUCACGAGAAGCAUGGAGAUGUCCAAAAUUCCAGUUUACCUGUUCUUGCAAGAUGGCUAUAUGAACCUGAUGAGACCGAUAGAAUAGGUGCUUCGCAUUUUAGAAAGAUUUUUCGUUGUUCUUGUGCAAAGCUAGAGAAGUCUCUUGGAUAUAAUUAUGUUGAGAUCUCCAUAUGGGGGGAGUCUUUCAUGCUACAUCAGAUUCGCAAAAUGGUUGGAACCGCUGUGGCAGUAAAGCGGAAUUUACUUCCGAGAGAUAUUUUAACAUUGUCAAUGUCUAAGUUCUCACGAAUUGUCCUGCCACUUGCUCCAUCAGAAGUUCUUAUCUUAAGGGGAAACAACUUUUCAAUAAGAACAAGACCUGGAAACCUAACUAGGCCCGAGAUGUUGACAAUGGUUGAAUCAGAAGAGAUUCUCGAGGCAGUUGAUGAGUUCUACACAUCCAUAGUAAUUCCUCAGGUUACCAAAUUCUUGGACCCAUCAGCGUCUCCUUGGAGGGAAUGGGUUGAGAACUUGGAUCAUAACACACGAAUUCCGGAUGCUCAGUUAGAUGAAGUCAGGAUUGCUUGGAACACGUGGAAGGAAAAUUAUGAAAGCAGAACAAAUGUUACAUCAGUGACAAACGAACGAGCCAGGGAAUUUGCUGCAAUAUAGUCAAAGUCUAUUCCCAUCAUUGGUGCAAUCUGAGAAACUUGGCGAUUGCUUCAGUAUAGGCCUCCGGCGCAUCGAAACUAUGACAAAGAGAAUCGACAGAGCUUGCAUGUUGAUCAAUGAUUGAAGAAAAAGGUAAGAAACUGAGGCAUUUGUUGUUAGAGAGUAUAACCCAGAUCCAAGAUGAAAAAAAUAAAAUAAAAUCAGCAGGUGUCACUUGUCAGCAUCUGAUUCGGCUUGCUAGUAGCAGGAGCGCAUUUAUCUUGUAUGCUUUUUCUUCAUUAUUGUCACAACUCACAUGCUUAAAACUGCCAUUUUAUUUUCUUGUUCCCGACAUAUAUUGGCAGCAAAUGUCUGCUCAGAGCAAUUUGCAAUAAUU